CGCCACACAACAGCCAAAUCAUGACGACGCAGAGCUCCAACAUAACCAUGUACGGUAACAACAACAACAACGGCAGCAUGAAGAACGGUGGAAUGGGAGAGGAAGAACCCAUUGACAAGGACGUCUCCGUUGACCGGUCGACUUUGGAAGCUUAUAUAAAGCUUGAGCGCGAGAUUGCAGAGGAGGAGGCGAGCAACCCUCUGCAACCACUCGAGCUCAAGUCCGAGCAGCUCGCUAAGAUUACGCAGGAGAUCAAGGAGAUGGAGGUCAACCUCGAAAACCUGGAGAGAGAGACGGCGAAAGAAAAGGAGGACGUGGAUGCCUUAGAGACAGGAGACGUGGACAUCAAGACGACUCUCCUCGAGAUGGGUAACUCCUUCGACGAUCAGAUGGCUAAGGAGAAAGCGGAGUAUUUGGCGGCGCUGAAUAAACAGGAAAUCGCCUCCCAAGAGCUCGAGAGCCACCGGAAGCAACGUGACCAGCUGGCGGAGGAGGUGGCGGAGCUGGAGGAGCGCGCCAGUACCCUUCAGGCGAUGUACAAGACCCACGAUGAAUUGCUGAGUCGUAUCUUCGGGGGUGAAUAUGGCUCUGUCAUGGAGAACCAACUCGAGGCCGAGCUCGACGAACUCGAGGCCCACCGCGCUCGGAUCAUGGAGGCCAACUUCAAGUGGCGUCAAGCGCAGAUGAUGCUUGAAUACGCUUGCAAGCAGUUGGCAGUCGCGGUGCAGAAGUGGCAGGAUCUUCCGACUAUACCAACUAUAGACCUCGAGAUCCGCUAUAGCGUGGCGGCCGAGACGAGGAACAACUUAGUGGCGGCGAGUCAGAAUAUUAACGGGGCUCAGCGGUACCUCGAUAACGUGAACUUCCCCUACUGCGCGCCGGAGGAAGUUGAUACACUUAAUAAACAGGCAACAGAGUAUGUGUUCACGGACAUGCAGAGUCAGGAUCGUCACGAACACGCCCACACCUGCUACUCGACCACGCACAAACGGGCCAACGCGCUGCUACAGUGGUUCGAUACGGUGAUCAACACAACGAUCAUGAAGGACUUGCAAGAAAUCAACGAGAAAGUCAAGGAGAAGACGCUCGAGCUGCGCAGGGAGCGAGUGCGUCUCAUCCAGGAUAAGGUGCGAGAGCUGUGGGGAACGGACAUCGAGCUGGACGGCACCCUCCGCGGCGCCGAGCUGGACCUGGAGCAGCUGUCGAAGGCCAAUCUGACGGACGGCCAAGUGGUCAAGCUGGAAGGCAACGAGCUUGAGGGCGACCGAGCGAGCACCCCGCCCCCCCUCAGUGACGAUGAGUUAGCUCCUCUUCCUUCGAAUUCCAUCAUCUUCGGCAAUAUGUAUGACCACUAUCAGAACCAGCUGGACGACCUGGCCAAGCAGCAUCAGCAGGAGAUGGAGACCUUCAUCCGAGAGCAGGAGAUGAACUCGAAGCGGAUCAGCGAAAACCUGCAGGAUAAACUGAUGGCGAGGAGGCAGAGGCGGGCGAGGAUGAGGAUCGAGGAGAAGCAGAAGACGGCGCUCACUCAGUGAAGGAGGAGGAGGUGGAGGAGGAAGGAGGGAGAUAGGGAGA